ACUGCUUUAUGCGUUAGUACGUCGGGUGUCACAGGCGCUCCUUCAAGUUUUUGUGAAUGAGUGGGCAACUUCUAAGCUUGUUUUACAUUUACGUAGGACAGGUGAUUCGCCUGUGAAACGUCAAACAUAAAAUGCAGGACGAUUUCGUUAGUGGCCGCGAUACUCAUCUCAAAUAUAGCUACUCUGUGCUUUAUAUGUUUAUACUUAUGUGUACGAUGAAAUAACAAAUACAUGCCGAAAUAAGUAUACAGAUACGUACUGGACAGUGUCGUAUAUAGUUGUCAUCUUCCCGACGAGACCGGCAAUUCAUGAACAAUCAUGAGGGACGAUCUGAUGGUGGUGGUUUAUGUGGCUACGGAAGAUAAAGAGUUUGAUUUCCCGUACUCCUCUAACACGAGUAUAGAAGAUUUGUGUAUCCAGGUAUGCAGGAAGCUUGGGAUAGGUCCAAUAGCAAAGUAUCUCUUUGGCUUGCAAUGCCAUUCUUCCAAACUAUGGUUUCCUUUUUGCCACAAACUCGACAAAAAAGGAAAAUACAAGUUCAACUUUCGUUUGAGAUUCAAGCCGUCAAGUUUGCAGAGACUGAAGCAUAUAGAUAAGCAGGCAUACAAUUAUUAUUUCCAACAAGCUCGCUCCGAUGUAAUGGAUAAUAAAGUACCUGACAUUGUUUAUGAGACACACAAAAGGGAACUGAUUGGCUUAGGAGUCAGCGACAUGUAUAGGGUAAUGCUUGAGAAGCAAUUGCCACGAGAAACUGUUGAGUCAGAUUACAAAAAGUAUAUUCCUAAGGAGUGUGUAAAGAGACACGCCUUCUUCAUUAAGAAGCCUAUACGCAAUGCAUUGGGCAGAUUAUCUGGGCAUGAUGCUUCCCAUGUCAAGGAAGAAUAUCUAAAGCAAUUUGAAUGCAUGGCUCCCAACUACCCUUAUGAGGAGUAUAAAGCAUUUAUGGAUAAACUGGGUCCCGAUCCACCAGCUAAGAUCUUACUUAGGGUAAAAAUCGAGGAAGUGAAGUUCUACGAUACGGACAGCCGUGAAUGGAACACACUUUGUGCAAUCGAGGAUCUUUGCUUCAUUUCCAUAGGGCAGUCUAACAACGUGGAAGUCUCGAGGAAGAACGGUAUACCGACGUAUCUAACGUUCGACGACAACGCACACUUAAUGUCCUUUGUGUCUGCGUUGGACGGAUAUUACCGAUUGUCCGUCAAGUGGACCUUCAACCUCUGCAGCAGUGUUAUCACCCCCACCUUGGAUAGACUGCACAAAUUGAAGUGCCAUGGACCAGUCGGGAAGGAGUUCUCGCACACCAAACUCAAGGAGAAACGUGCCAACAAAGCGGGAACUUACAUGCUACGCGAGAGCGAAAGCGAGUACGACGUUUACUACAUUGACGUAUGCGGCGCAGAUGGGAAGAUAUCGACGCAGAGAGUGGAGCAGGUCGCGUCGAAUGAGUUCACGCUACCAAGUAGUACGGAGAGGUACAAAUCUCUGGGGCAUUUGAUCUCCUCGUUCCAAGAAUCCACCAAUCCUCUGUACCUCGCGGAAUGCUUGCCACCGUCGGAAUAUGACGUAUCGCCAUUAUUGAUAUGCGCCUCGGAAACGGUCGGGAACGAAGUGGCGGCGGACGAGGAGAUAAUCAGUAACAUGUUGGAGGGCGGGCCACGGUGCGUUCAGUGGAAAGACUUGCAGACGUACAAAGCCUUCGUCAAGAGCGACGAGGACCUGGGUCGCAAGUCGCCCACGAAGCUGUACCACGCCAUGUGGCGAGUUGCAAAAGGCAAGAAACUCGAGGUCGCGAUGAAGGUGCUCAAGAAUGAAGAGAACAACUAUACUAAAGAGUUUCUGGAGCUGGCCGGCAAGUGGGGCCAAUUGCGAUCGGGUGCUUUAGUAAGAUUAUACGGCAUAACUGUGGCUCCUACGAUCGGUAUGUUGCUGGAAAACGUGCAGAUGGGCCCGCUGGACAAGUAUCUACGCAGCAAUCCUCCGCAGACUAUAAAAACGGCCGACAUGGUGGAGGCAACGACCUGCUUGGCGACGGCUCUAUGGCACUUGGAGGAGAAUAACGUGGUUCACGGCAACAUAAGAUGUAGGAAGCUUCUGGUGCACGCGCACACCGCUAAUAGCUUCAUCGUCAAACUGACCGAUCCCGGUAUCUUCACUAAUACAGAAGCCGAUUUACACUGGAUACCGCCGGAAUGUUAUUCGAAUUUGGAAUCUGCGAAACGUAAUCCCCAAGCCGACAUAUGGGCACUGGCCACGACUAUUUGGGAGAUAUUUUCCAGGGGGCUCUCAAUCUGGAGAAUAUCUCCACCCUUGUAUCCCAACGCUAAUGUCGUCAAGAAGUUUUAUGAAUCCGGGUAUCGAUUACCCCAGCCUGCCGGCUGUCCAAACGGCGUCUACAGGUUGAUGUUGCAAUGCUGGGGCGAGAACAACACGUCAAGGAAACAACCUCAGGCGAUCAUGCGAGAUAUCAAUCAAAUUCUGUAUCAGGUCUACAAUUCCCGUAGAACUCACGCUUACGCCACGGCAUUCCCCAAACUCUUUAAAGAGAACUACCGAAUUCUCAAGAAUAAGGAUGACGACGACGACGACGACGACGUCGAUGUUGAUAUCGACGAUAACAACGAUGACAUCGACGACGACGACGACGACGACGAUGACGAAGAAGACAACCAGGAUACAAUGGAGACCACGGAAAACGGAUCGCGAAGGAGUAGUUCGAAUUUUACCGAGUAUACCAACUUAUCUUACGGAGACACAGACGAUGCCACUUCAAGUACGAAAUUGCUCAUCCCUGUCGACUAUACGGAGGAUCUGUCGUCUUAUUUGGACUUGCUAGUGCGCACAAUGCGCGGCGGUACCAAGAAGCACGGUAAAAGUCGUGUUCUUCGUUCGAAUCGGGAAGAUAGCAUUAGCGACAUGAUACAGCUGAAGAACGGAAGCAACAACGGCAGCGUCGUCUACGAAAGCUCCCUGAGCCAGAUGCAGGAUGUCUUCGAGCUGGACGCGGAGUGCAACGUGAUUCUGCAAGGACUCAUCGGUCAAGGUUUCUACGGCGAGGUGUACAAAGGCGCGAUCGAGCGGGAAAACAGCAAGGAGGAGCCACAGCUGGUGGCCAUCAAGAAGCUCAAAACACGCUCCAUGGACACGGGCCAGCGCGAUUUCGAGAGGGAAAUUUCGAUCAUGAAGACCCUCGCGCAUCCGAACAUCGUGCAAAUCCUGGCCGUUUUGUCGGACCCGGAACCGUGCUUGGUGAUGGAGUUCGUCAAGCACGGCUCGCUGCAAAGCUACCUGGCGAUUAACCGGCACAAUCUCAUGCCUAACAGACUGCUGGGUUUCGCCCACGACAUCGCCACAGGCAUGGACUAUCUCGGUAGCAUGAGUAUCGUUCAUCGUGACUUAGCGGCGAGGAACAUCUUGGUGGCCGAUGAGAACCGCGUGAAAAUCAGCGACUUUGGCCUCGCUCAAGUAAUGGGCAACGACGAGUAUUACAUACUACAAACUAACCGCGAUCUUCCAAUAAAGUGGUAUGCGCCGGAAAGUCUAAGGGACGGCAAGUUCUCGACCCGCUCGGACGUGUGGUCGUUCGGCGUGACGAUGUACGAGAUCUUCAGCUUGGGCGAAGACCCGGAGCUGCCGGGGCUCCGACAGAAACGCACGGACGACAGCGUCGACGACCCCGAAGAAGGUAGCAGUACCAAGCUGUUGGCCGCGUUGGAACAAGGCGCCCGUCUUCCUUGCCCAUCCAAGUGUCCACAAGCGGUGUACGUGAAACUGAUGUACCCGUGCUGGAAUUUGCAGAGCCAAUUGAGGCCCAAGUUUUCCACGUUGUGUCAGGACAUCCAUCAGCUCCUCAGCGAAUACUGAAUUGUCUCUCCUCGCUCGCCGUAGCGAGUCACCCUGUCGGUACAUCAGAAAUAGAAACUGGCUAUCCCGCUGCGUCUACCGCACCUCAUUUUAGCAAAUUGACGAGUUUACGGAGCUGAACUGCUUUGUAAACGAGCCCUCAUCGGAACUUUGCACCUCGCACCAUUUGAUACCGGACGUACAUAUCUCGCCGAUCGGACUUCGAGUUAACCCUUUACGGUCGCGGCCCAUCUCGGCCUAAGGCGUACUGACGCUCGGACUACGGCCGCGAAAGGUUAAAAUUUAGAAAGAAAAAUCCGCCUAAGCACGCGCGAAGAUCAAGGUUUCCUCGUCCUCAUCCUUGCCCCGGAAGGUCAAUUCGCGCGGAGCUGGAGAAGCUGUCGCCGCUCUCGACUUCGAGGUAAGAGAAGGCCUCCCGCCUGUCCGAGGAGGAGUCGGGGAAUCAUUGUGGAUUGAAGAACGCGAUAUCGAACACGCAUCUCCCAUAGCAAAGGUGUAUCUAGUCGACUAUCGUGUCGCUACUUUAUUAUUCUACCGUGUGAAAUAAAUGGCCUCAGUAUUUUUUCAA